AUGUUCGUUCCAAGAGCAGUCAGGCUCAAGGGCGUAAAGGAGAUCCAAAGACCAAAGAUAGCGAAGCCACUGGCGAGACCACAACUGAGCAAGGAUGAAGCUAACAACAAGGAUGCGCUUGUCGAAGCAAUGGGCGAGACGAGCAUGAGCUCACCAGCUCCCCAACAGGAUACAGCUUCAGAUGCUGCAGCUCCUGCUCGUGGCCCCAGGUUCACGACUAAGCCCGUCACACCGGAAUACAUUGCUCAACUAGCUGCUGGCAUUGAGUUGAUCUUUACAGAUUACGCACAUCAGGAAGAGGAGCGUUCAAGAUGGCUCAAAGAUCGGUACAGGGAAAUUGAUGGCAAGGAGAGCUACAUACAUCUUACAGCAAUCCUAGAGCAUACCAACAUCUCGAAGCUGAAGCCGGAAGCUACCCAAAUCCUUCUCAAGCAAGCGCUGCAUGACCACCCUUCCGCUAUACUCGAGCUGUCACAGAACGAAUACCAUGUCCGCCGCAGACCUUGCACGAAUCCGUUGCCGUUUGUUCCUCACAACUCGUUCGAGAUUGUAGACGAUGACGGACUCAGCUUCUGGGAUCAGCGCACCAUCUAUGUAGAACCGCACCUACGCAACAUAUCCCCAAUGCCGGCGAAAGUGGCUCAAUGGCUGGCUGAGCAUGGCCAAUUGAAGCCAAAGUGGCUCCCAAUACAAGCAGUGCACACGCUCUGGAACAGCUGCGCUCUCGUCGUGCUGAGUGGGAACGUGAUGCAUGAUGGUACGUGGAACAAAUGGAGGGAAGCUGGAAAGCCAGAAGGCUGGAAGGUCAUGACAAAAGUUGAGCACACGAAGCGCACUGCUGAGUAUGUGGCGCUGCUCGAGCAAGAGAACCCCAGAGGUAUGCGCAAGAUUACGCAAGACACGAGCCAGCUGCCACCAAUCGCAAGACCUGCCACGCUUCCUGUUGCUUUUGAGCCGUUGCCUGAGGAGGCAUGCAUCAAGGUCGAAGGCAAGAAGAAGCGUAAAAGGCGCAAACCCGCAAAACCUGGUGGUCAUGCUGGGCAUGACGGUGGAGAAACUGGACAUGCAUUGAACCAGCAUUCGGCCGACAUGCCAGAUGCGCGCCCCGCCGAUGCGCCAAAAGAUGUAGACCAGGAAGGUGCAGCGCCGUGCAACAAGAAGAAACGAAAGAGACGUAAACCCGGUUCGCACAUCGAGACCGAUGACCCGAUUGCAGCUGCCGGGGCAGACGACGCACCUUCAAAGAAGCGUCGCCGUUGA